AUGAUAGUGAAUAAAAUAAGCUUCGAAAGAAGCAUAGAUAAAAUCGAUACUACAGAAAUUGACGAUAUAGAUGACAAAAAAGAUUUGGAUUUUGAAGAUGUCCAAGAUAAAGAUCCAGAAAAAGAUUUAGAAAAAGAAGAUGAAACGGAAUUUUUUUUUUCUUUUCAAGACGAAGAUGAAGAUUUUUUUUGGAAAAGCGUCGGUCAUUAUUGCAUGUAUUUUUUAUUAUACGUAAUGGAUUGGAACAUUUUAACGAGUAUAUUUCAAGAGGACACAAUAAAUACACUCCAAUACAGAUUUCAAAUAUUUUAUUUGGCAUCGACAGUUAUAAAUCCGAGAUUGCCAUGGGUUCAUUGUCACGAUUUUUACUUAGUUUCUAAAAAUCAAUGUUUUUCAAUUCAAAAUCUUGAUUUGUGUCCUACAAUGGCGGAAAGUCUCGAACCUUGUUUCGAACCUGGAACUAGAAUAUUAUCAUCCAUUUUAUUUAUCGGAUCGAACGGAUUUUAUGGUGGGAUAAAAGGUACAAUCCAUAAUUAUACAAGGGAAAGGCAAAAAUAUUUAUUGAACAGUAACGUUCACAAUUUAUUCACUCUCAUAAUGCUUUUUAUAUUUUCAUUUAAAAGCGUUAAAUUUAUAGAUAUGGCACUUCAAUUAUUAACGUAUUUUUGUUUGAUUGAAUCUUUAACGCUUUUUUUCAUUGCAUUCUCACAAUCCGGUGCCAUUUUGGGACUUAAAAAUAUAUAUAAAAAUAUGCACAUUGAAUCAUUUUGGAAUCUAAGCACUUGGGGUUCGGCAUUUAGAAGAACCUUAGAUAUAUUGAAAAUAGCUGAAGGAGGAAUUAUACUUAUGGGAUCCGCAAUAUCACCAGAUAAUUUAUUUCAACAUCACGCUUUGGUUUUAUCAUGUAGUUUUUGCAUACUUUUAAUAUAUUUAACAUUAAAUUAUUACGUUUUCAACGGAUUAUUACAAUUUAAAUUAAGUAUACCAAUUGAAAAAUUACGUUUCAAAUCAGAUGAAGGGAUCCUUUUUGCACUUUUCCCAUUUAAUCUCGGUACCGCAGCUUCCGGUUCGUUUUUCUGUUAUUUAUUCAUAUCUAUAAUAACGAUAUUGAAUUUUUUAUCGAUCGUGAUUAGGUUUAUAGUUAUGGAAAAAACAAUAACGAAUAAUUUUAAUUUAAAUCAUUAUUAUUCUUACGUAAGAGUUUUUAUUGCUUUAUGUGGAACGUUAUUAAGCGGCGGAAUAAAUUUUUUGGUGUAUUUUUACGCCGUUUACGGUUAUUUGAAAAAAAUUACAUCUUUUCUCAUUUGCUUGCAAUUGGUCAUAGUUCAUUUAUACGGUUUGCAAAGAAGGCCGGCAAAAUUUCAAAAAUUAAGUUGGAUCACGACGAUUGUAACGACGAUUAGUAAUUUCAUGCACGAAGAUUCUCAAGCCAUGAGAUUAUUAUUUUUUCCACUCGAUUUGUUAUUCGUGGGCCCAUUAUUUUUAGGAUUUUGCAUAAUAGUUAUUGUUAUGGGUAAGAAAAAGAAUUUACUCGGGAUUUUAAAACAAUCCGAUAAAUAUGGGCCCCCGAAUAUCGAAGAAAGGAUUUAUAGAAUAUUAUUCGAUCCAAAAUUAUCCGUUAAAUAUAAAAGAAGAAUAGAAGUAAGAUGA